GUCCGCUCGUUUCUCGCCAACUGCUCCUUGCCCGCCUGCGCCUGUACUUCGCGAACGGGAUAGAAAGCUUGCUCCAACACGGAGGUUGCUUCUAUCAUCUACUACUGUGGCCACCACUGACAAUUCAAGUACCAUGUUUCCUACAAUGUCAAAUGUUCCUGCCUGUAUGGCUUCCCAGGAACUCUCAAUCACAACCUCAACGACAACCACUACCACUGUUACCACCAACACCACUACUACAAUUACAAGUGGAUUCAACCUGUAUCUGAAACCACCAGCAUCACCUUGGCAUAACGACACUGGCUUAAUCAGUGUGGCUUCUCUGCCAGUUACCAUGACUGUAAACUCAAUUGCAACUCCUGUGAUGACCUAUGGUCACCUGGAAAGUAUGAUGGACAAGUGGAGCCGUGAACUGCAGGAGCAAGAAAAGCACUUUCUUCACCAGGCCAACCACCUCAAUGUUUGGAACCAGACCUUGCUUGAGAGUGUUGAUGAGAUUACUCUUUUGCAUCGUGAAGUGGAAAGAGUGAAGCUGGAUCAGAGCAGGUUGGAACGGGAAUUGGAUUUUAUCCUGUCCCAGCAGAAGGAGCUGGAACAACUGUUGACCCCCUUAGAGGAGUUUGUGAAGGGGCAGAACGGGCCUUUUAAUCUGCUCUGUGUGGAUAAAGAGUAUGAGAGAAUCUACAGAUUAGCAGAAAAUAUAGAUGCUGAGCUCAAAAGAAUGUCUCAAGAUCUCAAGGACAUUAUUGUUCACCUGAAUUCCCUUGGAAGUCCUGCUGACACUGCCGAAACACUUCAACAGAUUUACAGAAUUCUGAAUGCUCACAUGCAGUCUCUGCAGUGGAUCAGCCAGAAUUCAGGCAUAAUGCAGAGGAAGGUAGAAGAGGUUACAAAGGCCUUUGAGGAGUAUCGACGCAAGGAGCAGGGGUACAACAUGAAGUUUGCCUUUGAAUAAUUAUCACCCUAACCCACUCCGUUUGGAUUAUGCAUCAACCCUGAAUUCUGAUGCUAUUAGAGUAGUAUUUACUGUUACUAAUCUUUGAUUGCAAUAAUUUGUGCAUGUGUUUGAUUAUUUUUCAUUUAAAUAUUGUAGAGAAGUAUCCAAUUUUUCUUUCAGAAGGAAAUGAGAUUAGUGCCGAGGGCAUAACUCAAUGAUAGAGUGCUUACCCAGAAUUAAGUAAAAGGUGUAUUAAGCCCCUUGCCCAGGCAAUAACUUCUUAGGUAUUGAUUUUGUGUAUGUAAUCUAUAUCUUAUCAAUGUAGAGUGUACAUCCUACACCAGUACAUGCCAUCUUCCUACUUAAUUGGGAGAAGAUGUUUGCCAAAACGUACGUGCCACCCAGUCUUUACUGGGUAUUUGUUGCCAUUCAUGUAAAGUGCUGUAUACUGUAAAGUCUCAAGUGAAAUUUACUGUCAACUCUGAGAUAUAGUUUUUAAGGCAUCAUUUUUAUCUGUGAAAGACCAUAUGGGCAAUGAAAGCAA